GGCAGCCGGCUUACUACGUCGUGCUUAAUCAUGUUGACAUGAUGCACAUAUAAAAUACAUUAUUAUGAUGCAACAAAAAAUGCUCUUUUUGAAAUUUUCGCUGAACUGUAAAGUUAUUUAAGUACGUACCAAUUUUUUUAAGUACAUACCCAAACUUUGUAAGUACCAUACCAUGGAAUUAGUCGUCGCGCGUUGUUUUAACUGCGGUGUAGGAACGAGGUGAGCAAAUCUUUGGGUAAAAUAAAAGCCCGAAUCGAUGUCUUUAUGGUUAGUUUUAACUUACCACUCGGCAUCUUGGACUUACAAGAUUACUGUUGCUUCUGUUGCAUCGAAAUUUGGUUCUUUGGAUAAUCUCUCGGACCGUCUCGGUGUUCCCUGAAUGUCACUCCUGUUCCGUAACAUCCAAACGAUCGUUCGGUUCAACGUGAACAAGAUGCGAAGAGACGUGGAGCUCAUCCGGUCCCUUAUGAAAAUCCGUCAGUUCGACAUAUCGGUGUCAUGCGUGGACAACUCGACCAUUCGCGCUCUGAACAAACGUUUUCGCAAUACAGACGAAGCUACUGACGUGCUGUCAUUUCCGUUCUACAACGUUUCGGAACCAAUGGACCCCAGCAGCGAGGAGAACAUGGCCCUCGCUCGAAAGGAGGCUGCUAAAGAAGAUCCCUCAAUAGAAGCUAUGGCUAAUGAUCUAGGAGACAUCUAUCUGGGUAUUCCCUACAUCCGCGAUCGCUGCCGGAGAACAGGCUUUCCAUUAGAAGACGAACUCGUGGUUUUGACCACACAUGGGUUCGCCCAUCUUCUUGGAUACGAUCACGAAACAUCUCUGGAAGAUUUUAAGAAGAUGUAUCUGUUCGAAUUUGGUAUUUUGGCACAGUUCGAUCAGGUUUCCGGGAGGAACACCAGAAAAGUCAAGGAGGCAAUUUUUGAUAACAGGAAAACUUAACUAACCCGCUUGAGAACUAUCCUUGUUUCCAUGAAUCCGAAACUGUGUUUUUGUUUAUGGAGGCAAAUUUUUGCGUUUGUUGCUGCUCUGUGUUACGGCGGCGAAGAGUGCUCACCGUCUUACUGGUGUUGGACUCGCACUCGUGACAAUGUGAAGCGUGCGGCAUUUCCAAAGUUCAUGUUUUUGUAUUAUUUUAUUUAAAAGAGGUAAAUGUUUAGUAUAACAAUCUAAAUUUUCGGGCUUACAAUUACGAUGAUAAAAACUUAUUCCACGA